CGGGAUGCGCUCUUCUUUCACCAACUGCCCAGGCACGGAACCCACAAGCCGACUACUCAAAAACUCCCGCCGGCCACCCGCCCUGCGCGCAGCAGGAAGCCCAUGAGGGGAGGGGGAAGUUGUGGGCGGGGCCGCAGGAGUCACUGCUCGCCGUUCAUUGGCUUCCGCGCCGGAAGCUGCGGUACCAUCCAGCUGCGCACGCGCCCUUUCACGUGCUCGGGAACACCGCCUCCAGUGCUGGGGCUGGCUGUCACCAUGCUCCGGCGGUGUGCUCUCUGGGCGCUGACUCGCACCCCGGCCGGCCGCGGCUCUCGCCGCUACGGUUCGUGCUCACCGAACGCUAGUGGCGACGCUGGGGAAGCACGGGCCUACUUCACUACACCUAUCUUCUACGUGAACGCCGCGCCGCACAUCGGGCACCUGUACUCCGCGCUGUUGGCGGACGCCCUGUGCCGCCACCGUCGUCUCCGAGUUCCCGGCUCUGCGUCCACGCGGUUUUCCACCGGCACGGACGAGCACGGCCUGAAGAUCCAGCAGGCGGCAGCCACCGCGGGUUUGGCCCCGAUCGAGCUUUGCGAUCGAGUGUCUGCCCAGUUCUUGAAGCUUUUCCGGGAGGCUGGCAUCUCCUCCACCGACUUCAUCCGCACCACGGAGGCUCGGCACCGUGUAGCGGUGCAGCACUUCUGGGGUGUGCUGGAGGCCCGGGGUCUGCUUUACAAAGGGAUCUAUGAAGGGUGGUAUUGCGCCUCGGAUGAGUGCUUCCUGCCCGAGGCCAAGGUCACUCGGCAGGUGGGUCCGUCCGGGGAUCUGUGUCCCGUGUCUCUCGAGAGCGGACAUCCUGUCUCCUGGACCAAGGAAGAAAAUUACAUUUUCAAGCUUUCUCAGUUUCGAGAACCACUUCAGCGGUGGCUUCGAAACAAUCCUCAGGCUAUCACACCGGAACCGUUCCACCAAGCAGUUCUUCAGUGGCUGGAAGAGGAGCUGCCUGAUUUGUCCGUUUCUCGAAGGAGUAGCCAUCUGCACUGGGGCAUUCCAGUUCCCGGGGACGACUCGCAGACCAUUUACGUGUGGCUGGAUGCCCUGGUCAACUACCUCACUGUAGUCGGCUACCCAGAUGCAGAUUUCAAGUCUUGGUGGCCAGCCACAUCGCAUAUCAUAGGUAAGGACAUUCUCAAAUUUCAUGCUAUUUAUUGGCCUGCCCUUCUCCUAGGUGCAGGAUUGAGGCCACCACAUCGCAUCUGUGUCCACUCGCACUGGACGGUGAGCGGCCAAAAAAUGUCCAAGAGCUUGGGCAACGUGGUGGAUCCCAGGACUUGCCUCGAUCGCUAUACUGUGGAUGGCUUUCGCUACUUUCUCCUUAGGCAGGGCGUUCCCAAUUGGGACUGCGAUUACUAUGAUGAAAAGGUGGUUAAAUUGCUGGACUCCGAGCUGGCAGAUGCCUUAGGAGGGCUUUUAAAUCGGUGCACUGCCUACAGAAUAAAUCCUUCUGGGACCUACCCAUCUUUCUGUGCUGCCUGUUUCCCUAGUGAGCCAGGGUUAACGGGGCCGUCGGUUCGUGUGCAGGCUGAAGACUAUGCGCUUGUAAGUGCAGUGGCCACUUUACCCAGACUGGUAGCGGGCUAUUAUAACGACUUUCAGAUCUAUAAAGCGCUAGAGGCGGUAUCCAGCUGCGUUCGGCAAACUAAUGGUUUCGUCCAAAGGCACGCACCAUGGAAAUUGACCUGGGAGAGCCCUGAGGAUGCCCCCUGGCUGGGUACUGUGCUUCACGUGGCCUUGGAGUGCUUGCGAGUGUUUGGAACUUUGCUUCAGCCUGUUACACCAAACUUAGCAGAUAAGCUGCUGUCAAGACUGGGAGUCUCUACCACAGAGAGAGGCCUUGGAGAGCUCUACUUCCUACCUCGAUUCUAUGGACACCCAUGCCCCUUUGAAGGGAGAAAGUUGGGACCUGACACUGGGCUUUUGUUUCCGAGACUGGACCAAUCCAGGACUCGGCUAGUGAAAGCCCACAGGACCUAGGAACUCUUCUUGGCUGAUGGUAAAAGAUCAAAUGUAUUCUUUUUGCAUUUUUCAGUAAAGUCAUGUUUAGAGAAUAUGUAUCAAAUAAGCACAUAAACUGUGUCUUUAAGAAGAGAACGAUUCAGGUCCCUAACCCAGUCCUUUUCAUUUCUCAGUGCCAUUAACCACUAGUCUUGUUCGACAAUGUCUCAAGGGAAGGAUAGUUGAGGGCAGAACCAAGAUGCUGAUGCUGUCCCUUCUCACUGCACCUCCUCCCAAACCAGGGUCCAGACUACCUCUCAGGGCUUCGGCUCCUCAGGCUAGUUUAACAGCCCUUUCUUCAACUGAAACUAGGGUUGGAAGUUCUUGUCCUGUUUUUACAGGUCAGCCCUACCUUGUUAAACACAGAGUCUCCUGUUAGUAUUUUUUUUUUUUUAACUAGAGCUUUAGGAACCAGUGUCCUAGACUAUAGAUGAUUUUUGCCCAUGUUCAUUCUCAUUUUCUAAAUUGCUACUAGAGUGUCAGCCCAGCAGUGUGCUUUGUAAUACUACACUCCAUCCAAUAGAUGGCUCUGCUCUCACACAUUCAGCUCCUUUCAGAAGGCUGAGAAUUAUUUUCAGCUGUCUAAUUCACAGAAUUUUAGAAUUGUACUGUUUUUCUUAAAGGUAACUUUGGAAACACUGAUAUUUUAACAACACAAAGACACUAGAAUUCUAAUUUUAAAACUACUAAAGUGACAAGGACAAUAGGUACUAAGUAAAUAUGACAGGUUUAUAUGAUAAAACUACAAAGCUCUUGAGGUACACUGUGUUACAGAUAAUAAAGCCAGUAAUGGUUACAUGGUCAUCUAUAAAGCCCUCAAAAGGGUUGUAUUCUCUCUCUCUCUCUCUCUCUUUUUUUUUUUUUUGGUUUUUCGUGACAGGGUUUCUCUGUGUAGCCCUGACUGGUCUGGAACUCACUCUGUAGACCAGGCUGGCCUCGAACUCAGAAAUCCACCUGCCUCUGCCUCCCAAGUGCUGGGAUUAAAGGUGUGCACCACCACCGCCUGGCUUGUAUUCUCUUUAUAUUACUUCUUAUCCACAUACAUAAUUUACCUCAUGAUUAUUUUUGGUCAAUCAAGAUAUAUAAUAGAGGAAUGAUAUAAUAUUGUAAUUAGUAAAUUUAUGUCAAAAUAGUUUUUGUUGAUUACUUUCUUUGAGACAAGCUUUCACUAUGUAGUUUGUUAUCAUCAGUCUCCUGACUCCGCCUUUCAGGCCUUGGGAUUACAGGGUGUGCCAGCAUGCACAUCUUUUAACUUACUAAAGUGUGGUUGUAAGUACCUUCUUUAUUACAUCUGUUUGGUUACACUUACUGAUGGUAAUGUUGAAGGGAGAAAAUGACCAGUGUUCAGGACUGUCUGGGGGUCAGGGCUCUCUCCAAGGCUCCAUUAAAGAACACCCAGAGAUGUUACAGUAACAAUUAGUGCAGUGAUUAGAAUGCUGCAAGUCAGCCUUAUGUCUCAAAUUAACAGACUACAACUAGGCCACAGUUUAAAAUGAGCUUGCUUUGGGACAUACAUUUUAAGUAUGGUAUUAAGCAGAAAGAACUCACCAUGGAGUAAACAAUUGUGCUGGAAAUUUCUCCGGACUUACUCUAAGUGCCUCUAUUCAUCUCUAAUUUCUACUAAUUAUCAAAGUGACAGAUUGUAGGUUGCUAGGGAACACAGCAUGGUAAGGUGAAGGACCAUUUCCACAAGCUUUCCUUUGGACUCCUUAUAUCAUUUUGUCCCUUAGAUCAUCCCAGAUCUCCAUGUGGCAUUCUCUACUUGCCUGCUGGGACUAGUAGGGUAAACUACUGGGGUAUAGGGUAGUCUUAGGGCUGUGUAGUGAUGCAAGGUAGUGUUUCCCAGAAAAAGCAGUAAGAUUCUAACCUGUCUUUUGGUGAGCCCUUAUUGCAGUGUUUAGUUUGUGCCAUGGACCCACAGUGUCUUCCAUAGGUGAUCCUAAUGUCCCUGUGGAGAUUGGCUUGCUGUUGGAGUUUUUGCAGCCUGUUAUCUGUGAAUACAUUUAACUAGCUGCUAUUAGACAUGAGGAGAUGGGAGACCAGAAAAGAGAUGGCUUAAUUCUAGCAGCCAGGGCAUUCAGAGUGGAAGAGUGUGGUAAUUGGAUCUUCCUUCUGUGGUGAUAAGGUCAGACAGAUUUCUGUAAUAGGCACAGUAGGUAAGACAAAUAGUCUUUUGGCAUUUGUGUUGGCUUGAUACAGUUGUUCAGAAUUGCCAAGCGGAGAGUUACAUUUACCUGGAGGGACUGCACUUCCAAGGUGAGAGAUUAGGUGGUAGUGGUAGUGCAAGAUUCCCUAUUCCAGAAAUGUUAGUACUUUAUGUGGCAUCUUUUAGAACCUUUGUAACUCUUACAUACUUUUGGAGGUAGUAUUACAGGAAGUGACAGCACAGCACAGAUCAGGUUUUUAAGGGCUUCCCAUUAGGAAGCUAUGAGAAUGGGGGGUGGACCUAGAGCUUAGUGGUGGAGUACUUACCUCGCAUGGAAGGCCCCAGGUUCAGUCCUCAGGACUGCCAAACAAAUAGCAGGUCUCACCUCUUCAGACUCCUGUCCUCUGUCUACGAAGUCAUGUAAGAAGCAGUAGGUAACGUUCAUGUUACUGUGUAUGCACUGUGAGGUAUAUUCUGCAUGCAAACUGACUAGGCACUGUACAAACUGGAAAACCUGUGUCUGUAAAAGCAGCAAGUAGACAGUCUCUGACUGCAUUAAAACCUCACUCAUUUUAUAGAUACUUUUCCUGAGAUCCCAUGAGCUUUAAUAAGUGCAAACAGGCUAACAGACUAUGAAGCUGAUGCCAGUGUGUGUAAGUCCACUGGCUGGAAGUUGGGCCCUAGAGCACAAACUUGUUUGAUGGGUUUUGUUUUGGUGAAGGUUCUAACUGUAAUUGCAAUAGAGUUCUUUAGCCUUAGAAGUUCUGAUACUGGAGUGGCUAUUAGUUGAUCAUCUUGUAGGUGUCACAAAAGGAUCACUCAUGAAGCAGAAUUAGUGAGAUUAUGAAGAUUAUAGUAGGGAUGGCUUCACGGAGCUGAUUACUCUGCCUCUAUCUACCCAGUAUGUAGUGGCAGUGCACUGCAUUGGUGUGGCCUUGCUUGAGUUAUGGAGGAAGGCUCUUAGAUGAGAUGCUUACUGAACACUAAUGCUUUACGAUAGUUUAGAAUUGCCUUCUCAAGGCAACAUCCCAUCAUCUGUACUUCAGCUGAAGAAAUUUCUUGCAGUAGCUGUGGGUGUUAUAAACUUUGGUGGGUUCUUUUACCCAUAGAGACAGAACAUGUUUUUUGCAGCAAAGUUUUACCAGUUUGUGGGUAGGGGAGGAACUAAGAUCAGACUGGGGUACCCAAGAGCAGAAAUUGUAGAAGAAACCCUUCAGUUCUCCCCUAAAACUUUGAGCAUGCACAGCUGAUCCUCUUUGCUGGAGCUUUGGAUGGGACUGGUGAACUUAAAAUUUUGUUUUAAAGUUUAAAUAUUUUUAUGUGUCUCUUUGUGUGUGUAAGAAUGAGAACAAGAGCAAGAGUGGGUUGGGGAAUGGAGGAAUGGAUGGGUGUUUGUGUUCAUGGGUGUAGAUGGAUGUGUAGAGGUCAGAGGUGGGUGAGGUGAGGCAUGUGUCCCCACCUUUGUACCUUGUGUGAAUCAGUCUCCUGACUACUGCGUAAGCCACUGCUUCCUUCAGAGCCUGCUGGCAUUCUAGGCAUUUGUACUAUCAUAUGGAAUCUGGGGAUCAGAACUUGAACUGUUAAGCUUGAAAGGUACGCACGGGUAAGUACGCACUUACUGAGUCCUCUCCUUAGCCCCAGGAGUGGUGAGCUCCUACCAAGGAACAUAGUGAUUUGGUCAGUAUUUAAGAGCUGGAACAGUGGCAAUCACAUUAAAGUUGAUUACUCACAUUUUAAACUUC